AUGUGGUUUUUUCUUUUAUUCAGGUUUUAUAAAUUCCAAAAGUUUCAGAUUUUCCUGCUAGCUGCGCGAAAGAGGAAAAAAAGUGCCACAGCAAAUUAUCUAAUUUCAAUCGAUCCAACUGACCUGAGCCGUGAUGGUAAUUCCUUUGUUGGAAAAGUUAGGUCAAAUGCGCUAGGAACACAUUUUACUCUUUAUGAUAAUGGUGAAAAUCCGAAGAAAACAUCCGUUAUUGGCGAUGCUGUAAGGCAAGAGCUCGCUGCUGUUAUUUAUGACACAAAUGUACUUGGUUUCAAAGGGCCACGAAAAAUGACAGUACUUAUACCAGGAAUCUGUGAUACUGAAAACUAUAGAAGAAAGGAAAUACGCCCUGUCCUGGAAAGGGAUUCGAUACUGGAAAGGUGGAAAACAAGGAGAGCUGACGAUCUGAUCGCUAUGCAUAACAAAAGUCCGGUGUGGAAUGAAGAUACGCAGUCUUAUGUACUUAAUUUCCAUGGGCGUGUAACUCAAGCCUCAGUUAAAAACUUUCAAAUUAUACAUGAAGCCGAUCGUAAGUUUUCUGAAAAUUAUUUGAAAAUGCAUUUAAUGCAGUUUCAUGUCUUCUUGGUUCAUUGA